UAUGGGGUGUAAUUGCUUUAAUUAAAUGUACAUAAAUGAACAAUUGUUUAUGAAACAUAAUUAAUUGGUUCAAUCAUCGUAUUCUUAUAAUCAAUUAGGGCCACUGCGGAGUAUUCAUCAUGUAAAAAACUGUUGUUAGGCUUAAUUUUGUCUUUUUUUUCACGCAGUUUUUCUGUAAUAGGUAUUAAUUUGGGCAAACAAAGCAUAAGGUAAGUUUAAGUGGUUUCGCUGUUAUUUAACAGCAAGAUAUGCCUCUGACGCGAUGCCCUAAAAGACCCGAUAACAGUUUUUGUAUCCUUAGGGUCGUUAGCUGCAUGUAAGGACAAUUGAAUAAUAAUGCAGUUGUUUGCUACUACAAGUUUAUGAAAGCAACAAGUUCUGAUUAAGACUUCCUACCUGUCCGAACAAAAUGUUAAUGUUAAAGUUAAUGCAGUAAUAUCAUAUCUCACGCUUUGUGAUCUUAGCCUUUUUUUUUGUAGGUUUUGACUGGACUUAAAUGCUUAUGUAUAACAAAAUAAAAUCUACCCACUCAAUAUACAUAUGUAGUAUCAUAAACUAUUUUUUUUAAAAGUCAAAAAUAAAUUUUAUACUCUAUUUGUGUGUGAAUAAAAUUAGAGAUAAAUAAAAUUUUUCUUUGAGCGUAUUUUUUAUUAAAAAUUAAAAAAAAAAUGGUGAAAAAAUUUGUCGCAUUGAACAAUGAGGUUGAGCCUUCUCAAACACCUUACAACAUCAAAACUUUUAAAGCCUCCGAAGAUACACCAAGGCAUGUUAUCAUAAAUCCUUGUCCUAAAGGAACACCAUCACCAGAGUUAUGUCAGUCAUAUGGAAAGAAAACAGUUACCAGACCUAUUACAAUCGAAGAAGCAAUUUUUCAUUGGUUCGAAAACCCAAAAAAGUCAACAAAAUUUCCAACAUCAGUUAAAAAAAAAUGUCAAGAAUUUGACCCUUAUACAAAUUGUGUUAUGAACCAAAGAAGUCCGGGAACUUUGAAGGAACACGCUAUUUUAAGAGAAAAAUAUUUGAAAUUGCAAACAGAUACGAAGGAAAAGCAAUUGAUUCAUGAUGUAUCUUCUUCGAAUGGAGCAAGUUUGAUAGAAAUGGAAAGUCUUAUGACUAGAGAAGGAGAACCUAAGCCAAAGCUAGCUAGUCCCGCUUGCAGUGUGGAAACAUUUUAUGUACCUUCGAGGCGAUUGCUUGACCUAAAACGACCAAGAAGUGGUGUUUUUGUAAACGAAACUCCUCGUUUACAAGGAAUUGAUAUCCCCUAUGAAUCCUACAAUCCACGUAAACUUCAAGAAAAACUUGAAAGCGAAAACAGACAAAAAUAUAAAUUAUUCGCUGAUGGUGAUCGACUUUAUUUCCCCUGGAUGAAAGAACAAGAAGAAGUUGGGGACAUAAAUAGAAACCAAUUAAAUGGUCAGUUAAAAUAUUCAAAUCAUGAAAUUAAUGUUUUAUGUAUUCUUGUUUAUCCAAAAGAUAUUUAUGAUGGGUAUAUCAAUUUUAAACCUGUUAUAUUUCCAAUCCCAAGUGACUUGGAAAAAACCUUUAAGGCCGCUGCAGUGUUUGGAAAUGGAGCUGUAUCCAUUGCAUAUGAACCAAACAUAAGACCCAGAAGGCCUGUUGAAAUAGCUUGUCUUUAUGCAGCUUAUGUUGAGUCAUUUUCAAAGAACCCUGAUUUUUGGGAUGCAAAAACAAUUGAUUCAAUCAUUCAGAGUGGAAUGAUACUUUUCAAAAAGAGCCUAGAUAGAAAUUAUACUAGUCCUUCAUCAGAUUUCGAUAUAAUACCCGAAUUAACUGAAAAGGAAGCUGCCAUCGAAAUGAAGUUGCACCUCACAGCAACGCUAACCGAGGAGCCAAAUAUUCUAAAGGCUCUAACCUUGUUCUUUGAUAAAUUUCAAGCCGGAAUAUUGUACGUGGAGAAUCUUUUUUUCCUAAUAUGGAAACGGUGUAUAGACAGUUUUUAUAUUUUCGACCCAAACGGUCGGGAUUUGGACUGCAAAAGGAACCUAAGCGAAGAAGGAAAAGCUUCACUCAUAAUAAUUCAAACUAUUGAACACAUUGUUCAUUUGAUUUUGAACUACAGUGAAGUCGAGGACACAACUGAUUUUAACUUGUACGAAAUACACCUCACAAAUUUUGGAAAACUUGCGAAACCCUUGCAAUUAGAAGAAAUAACUCCUCCUAAGAAAGCAUUCGCAGUGGUCAAUCGAUUUUAUGCCAUAAUUCCAGCCUUAUCGGGCCUUCCAAUUAUGUCUGAGGGAAGGGCUUUCGAUGAUAAUGCUUCUUUGAUGACCAGCUACUUGGGUCUUAUUUACAGCCAAAUAGAUCCGCCAAGAGAAUGGACGGUUCAGGUUAUUGAUGAUCUUAUUAAGUUCGGAAAAAAGUACCACAGUGAAUAUAUAUGUGACAACAGGCUUAAGCAGAUAAAUAUCGCUGACUUGCCAGAAGUUUUGCUCUUCGGAAAUUAUCGAGUGCUUGUUGAUAAGAAAGCUUUUGUGCAAUCAGGACAUGUGGUCGAAUGCAAGUCCUACAGAUCAUCUCAGUUGAUACCAGCAUUGAAAGAAUUCUUCAAAACCAACAGUUUCGGUCUUAUACAGAUUGAUUUUUCUACAUUUGGUUUGUGGAGAGAAGGUGACAAGUUUUUUGUGUUUGAUCCUUUUAAAAGAGGUCCUGCUGGUCAGGCGGAAACUUUGUCGAAAUCUGGCAUGGGAUGUCUUCAAAUUCAUUUAAAUUUUAAUUCUUUGUGUCGUAUAACAUACAUCAAUGCAAUAUCAAUCAAAACUCAGGGAAAUUUUUUCCUUCAUGGCAUCCGGGUUAAGGCUGUUGGGACAUUCAACAUUAAUCGAGCACUAAAAGACGCUGCAGGUUUUGGGAUCCUUCAAAUUAGGUAUCCAUUCGAAUGUGAAGCAACGCCUAAAAAGGAAGAGGAAAAUGAAAAAGUACCAAAUCCAGAUUCUCUGAAUUGCUUAAUAGUGCAAUGUCUCUCACAAUUGAGCUUACAUCCUUGUGAGAGGACCUGUUCAGAGCAUGAUUUUAUCCAAGCCCAAAAGAAAAUGGCGUUGCGUACUAAAAUUGCUGAGUCUCACAGUAUUACUUCAAUACCUGAACAGUUCCGGAUCCCUGAAUAUGAUAAUGUUGACAUUGUUGAUUUUGCGGUAGGGGAAUUUAUUCAGGAUUUAAUGGACAAUAUUCAAAAAGCAACUGAAAAAAGACCAAAAGUUUGCCUCGAAGCUUCGAAGAUUCUUCUCCAAUCAGAUAUGAGUAACUUGGAAGAUCUUAAGAUGAAAUUGAAACGUGGUGAAGACUAUGACAAUUAUUGUUCAGCUUUUCAAUCAAAGGAAACUGUUAUACGGCAAAUAACCCUAGAAGAAGAAUUGGCACAGGAAUCGAAUUUUAAAUCCCUCCCUGACGGAAGCUGGGCAAUCUUUGGACGACAAACUGACUUAUACAUAUCUAGUGGCUCAUUAAAAGGCAUUCUUUCAACUUUAAAUGCCGCCGUACUUACUUCAAAGUACAAAAUAUCAACCUGGAAUAGUGAUGUGAUUGAUUAUGCACUUGAGGGAAGUGCAGUAUUGAAAGAACGCUUCUGGUCCUACAACCAUACUCUGGAUUUGAUUUUUCGCAAUCAAAUUCCAAAGAUACAAAUUGGAAAAACCACGUUCGAUAUAAAAAUCACUUCUACCAAAAGUAUUGCAUCAGAUGACCUUAGUACCAAUUUAAGAAGCACUCUGCUCAGAGUUAUUAUUAUCUGCAAAGGAUUGUCUUGUCUGGUUUUGAAGCGGUACAACUUGAUCUACAUGUUCAUGGGUUGUUCGUGUGAUGUUGUUGGCUUCCGAUCACAAGCGGCAGGUCCAAUAUGUUUGUUGAGAUUUUUAGAGAUAAAUGCAUUAAUAAGGCGAAUUGAGGAUGCAUGCGGGCCAUGCCAGAAGUAUGUGUUGGUAGAAUUCGAGGUGAGAAAUAUUACUGAUCCUAAGGUCCCAAGAAAGUUUGUCCCUCGCACAGAAUCUCAGGAGGAAGUACUCUAUGAUCGAGAGUUGAAUGAGAAAGAUCGUCAAAAGCAAAGAUAUAAUGAAAAGAUGAAGUUCCUUGAAAGCGAAAUCAAAAAAGAAUCUAAGAGAGUGGAUCGAUUUGCAAAAGAGAAGCAAAGUCCCAGGAUGAAAAAGGGAAACAAAAUUUCAAAAAAAUUACCUGAACAACGUUCAAUAUCAAAUACAUCAGACUUUGUCGUGGAAUUUGAAGAAGAGGGUGAAAUGGAAGAAGAGUCCUCCGAAAAGAGUAUAGAGUUUAAACACAUACCACGUGAUGUUAAACCCAGAUCAACUGAAGCUCAAGAACAGCAACUACCACCAAAACACAGUCUAGGUUACCAACUAAGAGAUGUGGAUUGUCUCUUUAAAAUUCAAGGAUCAACAGGAUUGGAAAAUCGCCUCGAAGAUUCACAGGAUGAUAAAAUUAAAACAUGUUACUUUGCAAGUUCUAUCGCACUGCUGUAUGCAAUCUUACGUCCUCUCAAUCAUUGGGACUCUUUGAGAAUUGAUAAAGUUAUUGGUUUGGCGAAAAAUGUUGCAAAAACAACAACCGAUCUCAGUUCCAACGUCUAUACCGAGCGAAUUCUUAAAAAUAUCGAUGCAGAUGAGUUUAUAUUUGAAGUUAAAGUUUAUGCUUAUGCUCCUCCUGGAACAUUCGGUGGUGACUUGAUAUUCAUUUUGGAUAAGGCACUUAAAACGCAACGGUAUAUCCUGCUUCAAAUUUCAAAUGCAACCUUCACGGUUUACAGUGAUAAGUAUUUUCAUUUAUUCGAUCCCUAUCAAUCUAUGGAAGUCGCUUCAGAAGAAGACGCUGGUGAUGAAAGUCAGCAACGCUGUCCGAAAAGCAUAAAAAAAUAUCCAGAACAGAAUACUGCCUCUUGGAUUCUCUUCGGGGAUCUAAACUCGAUGUUGGAUUAUAUCGAUAAAAGAACAACAAGCCAAGACUGGAAAACAGAAUAUAAGCUCCAUGCCGUCAGUGUCGUAUCGUAUAAAACGGCUCCGAAGAGAAAACAACUCCUCAAUAUUUUAACAGAUGGGUUAGAUGCUACUUGCCAGGAGACAAUACGUAAAACUGACAAUAUCUGCACGCAUCCAGAAGAAAUAGAAUGGUUGGACAUUUACCCCAAUCUCGUACUUUGGAGUCGUCUUAAUCGCUCCAAUUCUGUCAACCGGAUUCGGGGCUCACCUAUGACCAAAGACAAGAACUUCGACAUUGAAAUUCCUGAAAAGUUGUAUUCACUUUGGGGUUCUAUACAUCCUAUGUCAUCUGUUUUCGGAGAAUCUCGAGGAAAACAACAUUUAGCUAUAAAUGUGAUUGCUUGUUGCGUUAGCAGCGUGUACCGUGUCAGCGAUUGGAAUACACAAGUCAUAGACUCUAUAGUCAUAAAUGGAAAUGACUAUUACAAUGAGAGCAUUUCGGAAAUCACUCGAAAAGACUAUGAGAUAUCUUUGGAGCAUCUCAAUACGUUCUUCCAAAUGGGACAUCUGUAUUUUGAAAUUCAUUUGGAGAGCGUUCUUUAUGGUUAUCUCUAUUCGAAGGCUAAGCAUGAACUAAAUCUUGGGGCAGCUCUUGGACACUUUUUCACACAAAACCAGUAUGGUAUCAUUCAGUGUAUGAAACAUAGUUUGGCAAUUGGGAAAAUUGACUCGGGAUAUUUUAUGUUUGAAUGUCAGAGUCAAGGGAUGCCUCUAUUUCCUUCGGGAGAAGGAGCAGCUUAUGUUUUGCGGACAAGCCUAUUGCAGGACCUUUUGUAUUGCAUAAUAAUGACAUUUAAUAAUUCUUUUUACAACAGUCAAUUUACAAUACAUAAGGUGGAAGUUUUAAAAGAUAAGAAAGAAGAUCAGGGAGAGGAGGAAGGGGAAGGGGAAGAGGAGUUUUAAUAUUUUUUAAUAAAUUUUAUAAUAAAAGAAAUUAUAUUAUGUUUUUCCAUAUGGGUCA